UCUGUUGUUUCCAGCAGUGUUUACGCUUGGCGUCAGCGGCAGACCGACCGUCAGGCUGUCAGGCGUCAAUGUGAGUGAGUCGAUGUAAAGGGGCGGCACCUGUGACACCAUCACAGCUGACGCCCCCAGGGGAAGCACCGCAACUAGGGACCCAUCCUGUGUGUUCAACCCGUCCCCCAGCCUGAGUGCAAGAAGGGGCAGGGGUGUGUCUCUGCAUCCAUCUCUUGUGCACUGUUCAGCAAAGUUGAAGACAGGCAGAAGUGACUAGUCUGAGAGUUGAGGUGGUUGCCAUUCCUCAAACAGGAAAUAUAUCUGCUCAAGAUUGCAAUUGAAGCUUGUGAAAAUAUCAUCUAUGUAGUUUCUGGUAACAUAACCCUGGAGAAGCUGCUGUACAGUAUGUAUAUAUGUUUGAUGUUUUGUAAAACUGAAGAAUUUGAUAAAGUUCAAGGAAAUUUUAUAUGUGAAAUAACAAGAGAGGCCAUAGUGUAUUAAACAGUGUGUUGGUGACAAUGGAAGAAACAAAAACAUUCAAGUGUGAUGAGUGUGGGGAGGUACUGAAGAGUCAAAGUAAGUUUUUGCAGCACUCACUUUAUCACGUUGGAGCAAAUGUCUUCUACUGCGAAAACUGUGAACAACUCUUCCUUAGUAAGCGGGAGCUUGAGAAACAUAAAAAACAUGAGUGUACAUCAAAUGAGGAAACAUGUACUGCAGAUAACACUGAUGUGAAAGAUACAAAUUAUUCUACUGUGAAAGAUACAAAUGAUUCGACUGUGAAAGAUACAAAUGAUUUGACUGUGAAAGAUACAAAUGAUUCGACUGUAAAAGAUACAAAUGAUUCGACUGUGAAAGAUACAAAUGAUUCGACUGUGAAAGAUACAAAUGAUUCGACUGUGAAAGAUACAAAUGAUUCGACUGUGAAAGAUACAAGUGAUUCGACUGUGAAAGAUACAAAUGAUUCAACUGUGAAAGAAUGUCUUGAAUGUAAUGAAUGCAAAAAAACAUUUAAUAACAAAGCCAAUCUUGCCCAACACAAAAGGACUCACACUAUCCGAAAAGUUAGAAAGGUGGCAAACAAAGAAAACGAAACCAAGGUUAACAGAUGCCAAGAAUGCAAGAAAACCUUCAGCAGCAAGUACACUCUCAGAGUACACAUGCGCAUUCACAUGGACACAAAACACAAAUGUGAAGAGUGUGGCAAGAUAUUCACUUGCAUAAACUAUCUUGCCCUGCACCAGAAAACUCAUUCCUUAGAAAAGAUUUUCAAGUGCAACGAAUGCGGCAAAGCAUUCACCCAAAAAAGGUACUUAACCCACCACUUGAAUAUUCACACUAGAUACAAGAGUUAUGCAUGUGAAAAGUGUGGGAAAGCAUUUAGCGACCAAAGCAGUUUGUGCCGUCACAGGAGAAUCCACAGUAAGGUGAAGCAGUACAAGUGUGACAAGUGUGACAAAAGAUUCAGACAGAAGGCUUACCUCACUGAACAUAAAGAGAGUCAUGAUGGGAAUAUCCAGUACAAAUGUGACAAGUGUGGUAUGACAUUAGGUAGUAGAGGCAGCCUAGUUAAUCAUGUGAAGAUCCAUGUUAAAGGAAAACAUUUCAAGUGCAAAGAGUGCAAGAAAUCCUUCAGCCAGGAAAGAUACCUCAAGCAGCACAUUAAUUUCCAUGAAGGGGGAAAGAGACACACUUGUAAGAAAUGUAAGCAGCCCUUCAGCACCAAAGGGAGCCUCAGCCGUCACCAGAAAAUCCACGCAAGAGAAAAGAAGAAAAAGAAGACGGUGCAGAAAUUGAAGAAGUAACAUACAAAAAGGAUUUAGGAAUACUGUUUAUAGAUAACCUAAAAUUCAUUGAACACAGAGACAGAGUCAUCUAAAGCAAAUAGCAAUUGGGCCUGAUAAAAAGAAGGUUUUAGCACUGUCUACAGGACAUAUAUUUGUAGUUCAAAGUUCAAGUGUGAAGACCCAAGGCAGAGUAAACAAAAGUAAAGUAGAAAAGUCCAAAGGAGAGCUAUUACAAUUAUUCCAGCACUACAAAAUUUCACAUAUGAAGAACAACUGCAAGUACUAGAUAAUCCCAAGCCAGAAGGCAGAAGAGUAAGAGGUGACAUGAUAGAAGUCUUUACAGUCAUGAACAAUCUGGAAAUCAUAGACAACAAUUCUUUAUUUGAAAUAAUAAGCACAAACAAGAAGCUAUUCAGAGCAAGUAUUCAAACAAAAAGAUUCAUCAAAACAUAACACACUUUUCACACAGAAGGAAAGAUAAAUGGAAUGCCUUACUAAAUCACUUUAUGAAUGUUAAAUCAGUAAUAGCAUUUAUGAACUGUUACGACAAGCACAAUUUGAUUAGAUAUGGAGGCAGGCAAUAGGAUCUGUGUAGAUCAGUAGUGAACCCAGUGGAUUAUAUUGGUAAGCCUUUUGGAGGUCAGUGUGAGAAAAUACUUUUUAAGCAAGAUAAGCUAUAUAUAUAUAUAUAUAU